AACACCUAAACUGCUGCAGUGCCGCUGUCACGCUCCGCGGUCGCAUCAGGGCACUAGCCGCUAGGGAUGGCGGCCCUGGCGGCGAGCCGCCGCCUCCUCCAUCUCCGGCCGGGGCUAGAGCUAUGCCUGCGGUCCCGUCCCCAAUCCUGCUCCUCCUGGGCAAAGGGGACGGCUCGUUUCCGGCGCGACGUUCCGCGCCGGAGUCUCGUGAGCUGCCGGCAAGGGUCUUUCGAAGAGGGGAAUGCAGCGAUGGAUAAGGCUAUGCGGAGUCCGGACGAACAGCUCAGUCAUUGCAAGGAUGGGAACGGCACAACCCUGGAUCCCAUUGGAAAGAACUUUGCCAAUGAGUUUGCGCAGCAUUCUUUGGAAGAGGAGGCGACUGAUGACGUGAUGUGCGGAAUUAGUGAAAGCGUGGUGCGAGAUGUGGGGAAGGCUGCAAUUGAAUUGCUUGCUGCCAGAGCAUUCACAGUUUCUGAGCUUAGGAAGAAACUACGAAGUAAGAAUUAUCCUGUUGAUGCAAUUGAUGCUGUGGUUGCUGAUUUCAAAUCAAGGGGUUUGCUGAAUGAUGGUUUUUAUGCGGAAUCAUUUUCGCGAUCCCGGUGGAUGUCAUCGACAUGGGGUCCAAGGCGAAUAAAACAGGCACUUCGCCAAAAGGGUGUGCCAGAGGCAGAAGUAGAUCAGGCAACAAGAAGUGUGUUCCAGGAUGGUGAUGGCCAUGGGAAAGAGGCAACAUAUGGCAUAUCGGAAGCUUCCAUGGAUCAUCUGUUUGCUCAGGCAUUAAAACAGUGGCAGCGUGGGCAAAGCUUGACUCUGGAGAAUCGCCGUGGGCGCAUUGUGAGGUGGCUUCAGUACCGAGGGUUCAACUGGUCCGUGACCAAUGCCAUCGUCAAGAAGUUGGAGGCUCAGCACCCUUCCUGACCCUUCUGGAUUGCAAGUUAGUGUGCUGUUUUUGUUUGGAUUAGGAGGAACAGAAGACAACUUUAUUAUUGUUGUGACGGUCUGACAGAUCAUUUCAAGCAUCAAUUUGGCUCCUUCGCCUCUUAGGCAUCAGCAGUGCUGGGACCGUCCGCCGGGCUGGAGGCGCUUGGUGCGUCCGCGGGAGCAUCGGCUGGGCUGGGCGCUGACGCCGACCCGCUUGGCGCCUCCGAGCUCGAGGUGCUGGCACCCUCGGCAACGGCGAAGGGUGCCACCGCCACGGCUGCGAGGAGGAUCACGACGAGCGCGAGAGCACGGGCCAUGGAAGGAGUCUUGGUGUUUAGGCUUGCGCGCUUUGUGAACUCGUAUGCAGCUUGUGUUUCGGUGCUGAUGGUCACUGCGUUCUGUGUUCUUGGCGUGGCGAUUCUGGUGGCUUUAUACGCGAGACUGGUGGCUAUUUUUGGGCGUAGAGUUGGAAUCGCGUUGCGUUGGCAUGUCUUGGGCUCGGCACGUCGCGGUGCUUGCCCAAUGAGAACCCGGCCGUUUUUAGGAACCGGCCGGUGGAUGCGACAUGUGGCGUGGCGAGCUUCCUUUCUCUCGACUAUUACUGGAAAAUUCACCAGGCAUUUUGAAAGCCCAUAUAGGAGGGUAGAAAAGAAGUAGCUCCUGCA